AUGAAGCUACUUUAUCUCGACGAGCCCCGAACUUUGGUUCUUUAUGGCUCUGGUCAUAGUAUGGCAUUCCGGCAAGUGUCUCGCCGUGUUUCAGGUGGACCUAAGGCAUCUGUGGCGGUGGAGCUUUUGCCCAAUCUGGAGGUCACCAAAUCAAAAGGGUUCAAAAGUCUUUUACAGAAAGAUAUAUAUGGCUGUCUUGGCCUUGUAUCCAUUGAGAAGCAGACAUAUUUGGCAGUGAUCACGGGUGCUUCCACCAAUGUUGCCAAUCCAGUCAAUUACGAGUCGGUAGACAGAAUCUUUGCGGUCGAAUUUAUUUCCCUUUCAAGUGACGAAUGGGAUUUUAUUACCCUUGAUACCAAUGGCUAUCCCGUCGGUGCCCUGGGAAGCCUGACUCCAGGAGGCUCUUAUGACGAGUACGACUCCGAUAAUGGACCACGAACCGCCCAUCCGUGCCAUGAGUUGCGCAAGCUUUUAUCGAACGGCUCCUUCUACUUUUCCAACGAUUUCGACUUGACACUGACUCUACAACUGCGUGGGGUGUCGCUAGACAAACUUCGUUCUGGUAUGGAUGGCACACGAAGACCCUCACUUGAGCAUUUGCAAACCGAAUACAUGUGGAACUCCUUCAUGAUGGAAGAGCUUGUCCAUUACAGAUCAAAUUUGGAUCCAGUUGGUCGAAGCACCAUUGACGAUAGCGGAUUUUUGACCACUGUGAUCCGAGGCUUUGCCAGAAGUGUUCCAGUGCUGGGGUCGCUGGGUAAUGCCGGUCGUGAUACUAUGACCAUCAUUUCGAAGCAGUCGUGGAAAAGGGCAGGUACACGUUAUAAUGCUCGAGGAAUGGACGAUGAUGGAAAUGUAGCCAAUUUCGUGGAGACAGAAUUCAUCUACUACCAGCCAUCCAAGGCACUGAUUUAUGCCUUUGUCGAAAUCAGAGGGUCUGUACCUACAUUUUGGGAGCAAGAUCUGACACUCAUUAAUCCCAAAAUCACUCUCACAAGAUCGCUCGAAGCUACCCAGCCCAUCUUUGAUAAGCAUUUCACUUCUAUAUGUGAAAAGUAUGGCGUGUGCCAUAUCGUUAAUCUACUUUCAAAGACGAAACCUGCCGAAGUUGCCGUUCUGAAACAAUAUCACCAACUCUAUUCUCAUUCAAAGUUCCGUGAUGAAAUGUCCUUUUUGGAAUUUGACUUUCAUGCUGAAACUAAGGCCCUGAGCGGAGGUUUCGCAGGGGCCACUAAAAUCAUGCCCAUGCUUCACGAUUCUUUGGAGCUGUUUGGAUGGUUCUACUUUGAUAUGAACGAGGACGAAGUCGUCACUCGUCAAGAUGGUGUAUUCAGAGUCAACUGCUUGGACUGCUUAGACAGAACUAAUCUCAUUGAGCAGGUUAUCUGCCAGCAGGUCUUGAAAUACAUCACUCAAAAUCAAUCUCACUCUCAUGGAAAUUCUUACAGGGAUACUGCUAAUUUGGAAGCAUUGAUCACGCGGCAUAAUACUUUAUGGGCAGAUAAUGGAGAUGCCAUUUCACAAAUUUACACCGGUACAAACGCUUUAAAAUCUUCAUUUACAAGGUCAGGAAAGAUGAACUUUGCAGGCGCACUUUCAGAUGUCACCAAGUCUGUUUCAAGAAUGUACCAGAACACCUUUGUUGACUCAAAAAAACAGUCGACUAUGGAUUUGCUUUUGGGAUACGAUGCCAAAUCGGUGUCAGUGAAGAUUUACGAUCCCAUUAACGAGUAUGUCAAUGACAAGCUUAAGAGCAGCGAGUCGGAGUUUACGAGCUGGUCCGAUAUAACCAUUCAAGUUGGAACCUAUAAUGUGAAUGCACUUACACCUGAGGCGGCAGCUUCAAGCAGCAUGGAUUUGAGCCAAUGGUUGUUCCCGGUCGAAAAUGUCGACCGUGAGUUGCCGGAUAUCUACGCUAUAGGACUCCAGGAAUUGAUCGAGUUGAAUGCUGGUUCUAUUCUCAGCGCCGACAUGACGAAGCCCCAAAAAUGGGCAAAAGUUUUAGAACAGCAUUUGAACUCUCAAGCAGAGCAAUAUUUAUUACUUCGAACCGAGGCAAUUGCUUCCAUGGCAUUAUUUCUUUUUGUUAAAAAAACUCAGGUUUCAAAAGUUACGCAAGUAUAUGGUUCGUCAAAGAAAACUGGGUUGGGUGGAAUGACAGCAAACAAAGGAGCGUGUUCGGUACGUUUUGAGUUUGGGUCCACCUCCAUAGCAUUGGUCACAUCUCACUUAGCUGCUGGUACGAAUGCAGUAGUUGAGCGCUACAAUGAUUACCUGACUAUCAUGCUGGGACUCACGUUCACUCGGAACUAUAAACUCACUGAUCAUGACCAUAUUUUGUGGUUUGGAGACCUCAACUACCGAAUCUCCAUGCCAAACGAGUACUGUAGGAAUUUGAUUGAAAAGGGUGCUUUUGAUGAAUUGCUCGAGGCAGAUCAAUUGGUCCUGGAAAUGUCGAACAAAGGUGCGUUUUCUGGCUUUAAAGAAGAACUAGUCAAGUUUUACCCAACAUACAAAUUUGACAAAGGCACUUCGAACUACGACACAUCCGAGAAACAAAGAGUACCUUCCUGGACAGACAGAAUCGUCCACCGAAGCAACGCUGACAAGGGAAAUCUUCGCCAGUUGAACUACCAUUCGAUUAUGGACUUUUUUUUGAGUGAUCAUAAGCCAGUGUAUGCCUUAUUUCAGUGCAAAGUCAAAUUUGUGGACGAACCCAAGAGGAACAAGAUGGCUAAAGAGCUCUAUAUAUCAUACAAGCAGGACCAUAAUGGUUCCGGAUCAUUAUUGGAACUUGAUGACGCACUCUCCUCGAGCGUUCUGAGCUCUUCCGACAGGUUCUCCAUGGAGAUUCUUUCGGAGAUGAACUUGAUAGAUGACUUACCCCACCUACCCCAAAGACCAGCUCCAGCUCCUGCAAAGUCUCCUCCUCGACGGGUACCUCCACCUCCACCUCCUCCGCUGCGACUGACAGCUAAUGGCAGCAAUUUCAAAGACAAACCAAUACCCAGAAAGUUGCCUCCACCUUUGACAAAUCAAAAAGGCGAUGUUCCUCCUCCAGCUCCUCCAUCUAGAAAAACGACACUUUCGCAGCCGGCACCUUCAAAGCCUCCAAUUGGUUUCUCCACCGUACCACUUGUUCCCGGAAGAUCAAACUCUGGCACUCCAAACUCGACAAACGGUACCUCCUCCACGUCAUCUCCUGCCAUAGUAUCACCCAUGGUCCCUUCUAAACCAGCAAGCUUGUCAUCUUAUAAACCGACUCAAGUGCCAAAUAAGCGAUCCUCGCCUCAAUCGUCAGAAGAAGCGACCAAGCGAUCAACUACCAGCACUCCAGUACCUUCAAAGUCUUUGUCUGAAUGGGCUCCAUUAGUUCCAAAGUAG